CAACCAAUCUCGUGACAAACGAAAAGUUACACAUUUUUCAUUGACAUUUCCCCAAGUACAUUUUUGUUAUCGUGCGGAAAAAUUUAUAAAAGAGACACACACAUUGUAUUAUUUAUUUUUCUUUUCGUUGAAAAGGAUAAAAAAUGUUUUUCACUUCUAUUUGCGUUUAUUUGACAGUUCCGUAAAAGUACAAAAGAAAAAGAAAUAAGGGUCAAAAAAAUAAAAUUUGUAACUGAUAUUUGGAAAAAAGUUCAAAAAUGAAGUUUGCCGAACAUCUUUCUGCUCAUAUUACGCCGGAAUGGCGAAAGCAAUACAUUAGUUACGAGGAAAUGAAAGCGAUGCUUUAUAGGGUGGUGGAGGAAGCACCAUCUUCAGAAACAACAGAACCGGAAGUCAUAUCAAGACAUUUUGCAACAUUCGAUGAAACAUUCUUUACAUUUUGUGAUCAGGAAUUGAAGAAAAUAAAUACCUUUUACUCUGAGAAGUUGGCAGAGGCAACACGAAAAUAUGCGGCAUUACAGAGCGAAUUGAAGAGUGCCCUGGAUGCCCAUCAAGGCGGUGGAAAAAACAAAGGGAAAACAAAUCAGAAACCCCAUUUGACAACAAGAAAAAUAAGAGAAUUAAAACUUGCAUUUUCUGAAUUUUAUUUAUCGCUAAUUCUCCUGCAAAAUUAUCAAAAUUUAAAUUACACUGGAUUUCGAAAAAUUCUCAAAAAACAUGACAAGCUUCUGUCUGUGGACACUGGAUCAAAAUGGAGAGAGGAGUGCGUGGAAGUUGCACAUUUUCACACAUCAAAGGAUAUUGAUAAAUUAAUUCAAGAUACAGAAACAUCGGUGACAAAUGGACUUGAGGGAGGCGAUCGUCAAAGAGCAAUGAAAAGACUUCGAGUUCCACCACUUGGUGAACAUCAAAGUCCAUGGACCACUUUUAAAGUUGGACUUUUUUCCGGCAGUUUCAUUGUUCUUUUCGUCACCGUCAUUCUCUCAGCAAUUUUUCACGAUGGCGGUGAAAAUUUGAAAGUAGCCUUUCUUCUGUAUCGUGGACCAUUACUUAUUGUACAAUUUCUAUUUCUAAUUGGAAUAAAUGUUUAUGGUUGGAGAUCGUCAGGUGUUAAUCAUGUAUUAAUAUUUGAAUUGGAUCCUCGAAAUCAUCUUUCUGAACAACAUCUCAUGGAACUUGCCGCAGUAUUAGGUGUCGUUUGGGCAUUGAGCAUUCUUAGUUUUUUGUACAGUGCAAGUUUAAGUAUUCCACCAUACGUUAAUCCCCUUGCACUCGUUAUAAUUAUGGUCGGAUUUCUCAUCAAUCCACUGAGAAUGUUUCGUCACGAGGCUCGAUUCUGGCUGAUGCGCAUUAUGUGGCGAGUGUUAAUUGCUCCAUUGGUAUUUGUGAAUUUCGCUGAUUUCUGGCUGGCGGAUCAGCUCAACAGUCUUGCAACUGCAUUUUUGGAUUUUCAAUUUCUCCUUUGUUUUUAUAUAACCAAUGGAAAUAAUUGGCUCGAAGCUGGACGUACAGAUCAAUGCACAUCAGGUUCUCUAAUUAUUAGACCAUUGGUGAAUUGUUUGCCAGCAUGGUUUCGUUUUGCCCAAUGCAUAAGACGUUAUCGUGAUUCCAAGGAGGCUUUUCCCCAUUUAUGGAACGCUGGAAAAUAUUCGACAACUUUUCUCGUUGUCACUGCAACAUCAUUGCGUUUCUAUUAUAAAGGGAGUUAUGAUAAUCAUUGGGAAAGUCCAUGGUUUUGGUUUUGGCUUGGAAGUUGUCUUUUGAAUUCAAUUUAUUCGCUGACGUGGGAUUUGAAAAUGGAUUGGGGCCUUCUCGACAGUAAUGCUGGUGAAAAUAAAUUUUUACGAGAGGAAGUUGUUUAUUCAUCUUAUGGUUUUUAUUACUUCGCAAUGAUAGAAGAUACAAUAAUUCGAUUUUCAUGGGUCGCUACAUUUAUUCUUCACGAUUAUUUUUCCGUUUCAAACGAUUUACUGAUGUCAGUAGUUUCUCCGCUGGAAGUUUUUCGACGUUUUGUUUGGAACUUCUUCCGAUUGGAGAACGAGCAUCUGAACAAUUGCGGUAAGUUUCGAGCAGUAAGAGAUAUUUCAAUAGCGCCAAUAGAGAGUUCCGAUCAAACGCAAAUAUUGCGCAUGAUGGAUGAAGAAAAUGGAGUGAUUAAUCGAGGCAAACGUAAAGGUAUUGGUAAUAAAAAAGCCAAUCAAAAAGAAGACAAACGCUUAUUACUUAAAGACGAAACAAUUGACUUGGAUGCAUCGACAGUCAGUUGAGAGAACAAAGAAGCAAAAACAAAAAUUUACAAUUGUUAAUUAAAGCACUAGUUGAAUAUUUCUUUUCUCUCUAAAACCACUUGCCUUAACGUUUAUUCGCUCAAACAAAAUGGUCACACAGCUGAAUUUUAAUUUAAAAAAAGGGAAGGAAUUAAGAAAAACUAUUAUAAGUGCCUUUUUCUAGCGUUUACUGAUUGAAAUUACUAUUUUUAUUGUUCGUUGCAUUUUGUUAAUAUGAGUAAAGAGAGAAAGAAAGUGAGAAUGAGAAUUAAGACGUUUGGCCAAAGAAAAAACAAAUUAAAUUCAAUUCCCAACAAAAAGUUUCUAAUUUAUUUUCGAUUAUUAAUUAUUAAUUUCAAGGAAUAAACGAAUUAUCGAUAAUUAUUAUAAUAAUAAUACAAAUUAUUUU